AUGUGCAAAACUCGCGGCAGGCGCGCAGCUCCGGGCAGUGCCCUUCCCGGGCCGGCGUCGGCGGCGCAGUGCGCAGGCGCGGCCGGCGGGUUUCCCCGGCUACUGUCGGCGCCGCUGCCCGCUCGACCGCCGCCGGCUGGUCCGCCGCCCUGCCCCAGGGCGGACUGCGCAGCGCGGGCUCCGCCGGGCUCCAAGGCGCGCCUCAGCCUCGCCACCUUCCUGCUGGGCGCCUCGGUGCUCGCGCUGCCGCUGCUCACGCGCGCCGGCCUGCAGGGCCGCACCGGGCUGGCGCUCUACGUGGCCGGGCUCAACGCGCUGCUGCUGCUGCUUUACCGGCCGCCGCGGUACCAGAUAGCCAUCCGAGCUUGUUUCCUUGGCUUUGUGUUUGGCUGCGGUGUGCUGCUAAGUUUUAGCCAGUCUUCCUGGAAUCACUUUGGCUGGUACGUGUGCUCGCUGUCAUUAUUCCACUAUUCUGAAUACUUAGUGACAGCUGUCAAUAAUCCCAAAAGUCUGUCGUUGGAUUCCUUUCUCCUGAAUCACAGUCUGGAGUACACAGUGGCUGCUCUUUCUUCUUGGAUAGAGUUCACACUUGAAAAUAUCUUUUGGCCAGAACUGAAGCAGAUCACCUGGCUCAGUGCCACGGGGCUGCUGAUGGUGGUCUUUGGAGAAUGCCUGAGGAAAGCUGCCAUGUUUACAGCUGGCUCCAACUUCAACCACGUGGUGCAGAACGAGAAGUCAGAUACCCAUACUCUGGUGACAAGUGGCGUGUAUGCUUGGUUCCGGCACCCUUCCUAUGUGGGAUGGUUUUAUUGGAGUAUUGGAACCCAGGUGAUGCUGUGUAACCCCAUCUGUGGUGUUGUCUACGCCCUGACAGUGUGGCGAUUCUUCCGUGAUCGAACAGAGGAAGAAGAAAUAUCCCUGAUUCACUUCUUUGGAGAGGAGUACCUGGAGUAUAAGAAGAGGGUGCCUACAGGUCUGCCUUUCAUAAAGGGAGUCAAGGUGGAGCUAUGAUGGGCGGGGGCCUCGAGGGACCAAGGGCCUCUGGCCCCAUGUAGCCCAGGACAAAACUGCUUUCAGUUGGCCACUGAGGAAUGAAUUUUCUUAGUCAUUUUAUAUGUCACUAAUUACUCUUCUGGAAUGUCACCCCAAGACCAAAUGGUCAGAAGGCCUUAGGACCAAAGGACCCACGGGAGCAAUCUGUUCUUGUGCUGAAUCAAGGUAGACAUAGAUUAACAAUGAACAAGAAACAAACUACAGCAAUAUUCAUCAGUGCCCCUCUACAGUGACCUGGUGAGAAUCCAGGCCACAGUCCAGUGCCCCUGAGGCCACAGUGUACUUGCAUUGUCCCAGGACUCCUCAGGAGAGGUAGAUGCUGCUUGCAGCAGAGCUUCUGCCGCAGCCACAGUGGUGGGUGUUGCCGCAUUAAAAAAUGCAUUGAAAAUCUUUAACUGAAAAACAACAGCACAGCUUUAACCUCUUUAUUCUGUCCUUAAUGCAUGAACAUCUAUCUAAUUCUAAGGAUACUUCCUUAUAUGACACUUUGGCUUAGUCGUAUUUACACAGCUAUUUUUUCUAAAUAGCAGCAUAAAUUUAAAGGCACUCACUUGGUAUUUUGAGCUCCAGCUUUGAUUUGGCAGCAAGUAAGCACAGCCCCCUCUGAUUUGGCUGUGUAGCAUUGUGUGACCAUGGGCACCCCAGGCCAGGGGACUGUGGGCCCUUGGCUUUCCUGGGGUUUUUGUUCCUGCUCUCCUGUUAUCGUGACAGGCAAGUCAAAGAUGUGAUUAUUUUUCCCUUCUCCAGGAAAUGCUUACUGAAUGCCUGCUCCAUGCAAGGCAUCAUGAAACGCUGAGAAAUAUUGGUCCAUUUAUUUGGGGUUUUAUUCUCAUUUUAAUAGCUUAUAUAUUUUUGUGUUUCAAUGUAAAUCUAUGAAGCAUUUUUUUUUUUCUCUCCCAAAAUUACGUUCUCCCCCUGUGCUGCAUCAGGCAAUCUUUUCUAAAGGGGUUGCAGCACGUACAACUGCAAAUUCAGGCAAAGCAACUCAAACAUCUUCUGUAAAGCAGAUCCUCACAACUGAGGUUCAGUCAGCAUUUUAGUUUUGCAUUCUGGGGAGAGCAGUUGGCUUUUGGAGUCAAGCCUCAAAGCCUUAAGAGGCGAGACCUUUGCCUGGUCCUGGGCUGGACAGGAACUUGGUCUCCUUGUGAAAUCCUUCCUGGCAGUUUGUAGUGGCACAAAUGAAGCACGAAUGUGAAGGUGGCCUUGGCGUGUGCCAAGAGCACUGCUCGGUCACUACCAUGCCUCAUGGCUUUGGAGGAGCCACUGAACCCAAGCUCAGACCUCCCCAUCUGCAGAAUGGGGUUGAUACCACCUACCUCACAGGGCUGUUGUGAGGACGUAGACAAAGGUGUUGAACAUUCUUCAUACUCUGAUGAGAGGGAUGACACGAUGAACUCACACAGUGAGCUACAUGGAGGUGGACUGAACCUGGAUAGCUGUGCACAUGCCUAAAGUGUAUGUUUGACAGAGCAUUUUCCCAGCUCAGAAAUAUGGCUUAUUUCUAGAUCUCAUGGCUUAAUAUUUUGUUGUUAUGUAUACCAAAGAGGCUUAUGGGUUUGUCGACUACCAGCACGAUGCUUGCUGGUCUGAGAGCCGUGGCCCUCACGAGGGGUUGCAGGGCGUUCUGCCAAGUCCAUGGCUGCAGCAGCACUGAGUUCCUGUGUCAGGAACCGUGUCUGCCGGGACACAGCUCGAAUGCACUCACUCUGGGACCGAGUCAGGUCAGUCAGUGUUUCCAGACCUCACUUACCUGAAGCGAACUUCCCUUACCAGGACUGCAGACUGACAGAGGGCGUGGUUGGGUUUUUGGCAGCCAUCCCCAGCUUUUUGAGGUAAAAUUGUUUCUUACUGUAUCUAAGCAAGACUGGACCCAGCCUCCAUUCCCCCUGGGGGCCAUGAAGUUGUUUUUGAUGGAUGGAGAGCAGCUAAUGAUGGUCCCUGGUAUAUGGGUGGUAAGGCUGGGUGUUGGCAUUUGAUGUCAGCAUCCAUCUGCUGCAGGCCAAUAAGCUUACCUUCUUUCCAGGCCCAGGAGCAAAGGAUCCUAAGUCUUGAGGUUUCACAGUGAUGCUGCUUCAUAUCACUGAAGGCUGACAUUGCAUUGUUUUAAAAAGUAAUUCCCACGGCGUGGUAGUGAGAACGUUCCUAUCCUCACUGUAGUCCCAGGGCAGGAGACAGCCAUGGCUUAGGGAUGAAGGGUGAACUGUGGAUUGACCUCGCCUGCUGCUGUUGAGAUUAUUUUUUAAUUUACAAAUGUAGCAGUGACAGGCCCAGGGCAGAAAAUCAGGUCAGUGAGCAAAGGCUUUUUGGGUACUCUCUGUAAAGGCCACAUUACCGGUUUCCUCACGUUGAGAAACUGUCAGAUUUCUUUGCAAGUGUGAAAGUGGAGAUUCUUAAAUAAAGAAUGGGUAUUGUACAGAAAGCAAGCUACUUUGAAACAGCAUAAAAUGAAACAUUUCAUGAAGAUCUGCAGGCCACUGCUGAGCAAUGUAGUGUUGGCAAAGCAGUAGAAGGUGAGCCUCUGGGGUGGAAAACAAAGGACACAUCCCUGGUGUCCUCCUUGGUGUGAGCUGCUUCUUGAGCCUAGAAGGUAGGCUUUACUGAUGGUUCCCACUUGCUUACUGGGGAUUGGCAUGACAGGGAAGACGUUCUUAGACCACUAAGCUGUGUCAGUGUCAGACGUGGUGAGGUCUCAGCCAGAGCUCCUUGGUCACAUCCUGCCACAGUGAGCCCCGUUCCCUCUGCACUUUCUCACUGCCUUAGGUAGUUGCACCACCGUAGUUGGCUUUCCUAGCGGCUCAGCAGGGCUAGAGACCUCAGCCUCUCUGAUGUGGUGGGAAGCGCCCACUCUGGCUGCUUGUCCUGGGCCCAGAAGACCCCGCCAGCCUGAGUGGAGGCAGCCCAUCCCGUCGCAAGGAGAGGGACUUACAGAGUAAUUAUUCUACUCUUUUUACAUACAGAAAUGUUUAUUUAAAUAUUUUCAAUUGGAUUUUCUUUCACAGAUACUGAUUAUUCUUUCCAAUUCUUAAAUAAACUGUACUUGAUUUCACUACA